AUGCGUGGCUCGAUUGCAGAGAAUAAGAGGCUGAUGAAGAAUGAAGAGGGAGAUGAGGCAGUUUUACAUUGGGAGAUACGUCGCACUUCUACUAAUGGCAGUCAGGAGUUGAUCCAUAAAGUUGCCACCAAGUUCAGGGUUGUGCCUGAUUCCAUCUAUGCACUAGUACCUGUCGCGAAGGUAAGGAAUUCUCGAGAAUCGAUUUUUUUCUGCAAAAUAAUGCAGUACAUCUCAAUGUCUUCUUUUGUUUCAUUUAACAAAAGCUCAAAGGGAGCGUUGAUUAGGACUACAUAUGUCUAUUUGCAUUUCCUUUGUUUCCAUAAAAUUUAGAU